CCACUUCCUUUACUUCCGGGAAACAAACCCCACUUCAUUUAUCAAGAUGGCGACAUUAAUAGUGAACCAGCCACCGGUCGGGGGUUUCAGUUUCGAUCACUGCAAGAGAAAUGCAUAUCUGUUAGGUGAGGCUAACAAAGUGGGAAGCAGCUUGCCUACUGCCAGGAAGACAGGAACAACCAUCUGUGGUAUCGUCUUUAAGGAUGGCGUCAUCCUGGGAGCUGACACCAGAGCCACUGAGGGCAUGGUGGUGGCUGACAAGAACUGCUCCAAGAUCCACCACAUCUCCUCUAACAUCUAGUAAGUGUCCACCACAUCUCCCCUAACAUCUAGUAAGUGUCCACCACAUCUCCCCCAACAUCUAGUAAGUGUCCACCAUCUCCCCUAACAUCUAG